GUACUAUUAAAAUAUAUAACAUAAAGAUAAAAUAUGGCAGGGAGUGGAUCUAUCAUAAUACCAAACAUAACACAAUUACAUGAGAAUGAUCAUGCUUCUGCUUCUAACAUAGAUUAUUCUAGUAUCAGAGGAAAGAAUGUUUUAGUUAGUCCAUCGGAAGAUCAAUAUGAACUGUUACUUAGACGCUUAAGGGAUAGAAUUCAAGAUGGUGGCAGCGAAACAAUAUUUGAUAUUGGUAUUGGUGAAGAUGGUUCAGAAGAUGGCUUGAAAGAAGAUGAAUAUGAAGCAUCUGUUGCUACUUUACAGUCUCUGGCUGCAACAUUAGAAGCAGAUUGUGUGCUUUUACGUCAGAGUAAAGUAGAUCAAGGCCUUAUAGGACAAUAUUUAGUUCGAAGACGUUUAGAUAGACAGGAUUUCUUAGAAAUUAGAGUGGCUGUUGUUGGAAAUGUUGAUGCUGGAAAAUCAACACUACUGGGUGUAUUAACACAUGGAGAACUUGAUAAUGGUCGAGGCCUGGCACGUCAGAAAUUAUUUCGUCAUAAACAUGAAGCUGAAACUGGGCGUACUAGUUCAGUUGGAAAUGAUAUUCUGGGAUUUGAUAGUAUUGGUAAUGUAGUAAAUAAACCAGAACAUGGAUCUUUGGACUGGGUUAAAAUAUGUGAGAAAUCUUCUAAAGUUAUUACAUUUAUUGAUCUUGCUGGGCAUGAAAGAUAUUUAAAAACCACUGUUUUUGGAAUGACAGGUCAUGCUCCUGAUUUUGGUAUGUUAAUGGUAGGAGCAAAUGCCGGUAUUGUUGGAAUGACAAAAGAACAUCUAGGUUUAGCCUUAGCUCUAUCAGUUCCAGUAUUCGUUGUAGUUACUAAAAUUGAUAUGUGUCCACCAAAUAUAUUACAAGAAAAUUUAAAACUGUUAAUAAGGAUUUUAAAGUCCCCUGGUUGUAGGAAAGUGCCUGUCACUGUGAAAACACCUGAUGAUGUUGUUGUUAGUGCUACUAAUUUUGUAUCAGAACGAUUAUGUCCCAUAUUUCAAGUAUCCAAUGUAACAGGAGAAAAUUUAAAUCUUCUUAAAAUGUUUCUAAAUUUACUAACUGCAAGAAUGAUUAGUCAUGAAGAUGAACCAGCAGAAUUCCAAAUAGAUGAUACAUAUUCAGUACCAGGAGUUGGUACUGUAGUUUCUGGAACAACAUUAAAAGGUGUUAUAAAAUUAAAUGAUACCCUACUAUUAGGACCCGAUCCCUUAGGUCGUUUUAUUCCAAUUGCAGUAAAAAGUAUACAUAGAAAAAGAAUGCCUGUUCGUGAAGUAAGAGGUGGUCAAACUGCUAGUUUUGCAUUGAAGAAAAUUAAAAGAUCACAUAUUAGAAAAGGUAUGGUAAUGGUUGCACAAGUAUUAAAUCCACAGGCUUGUUGGGAAUUUGAAGGUGAAAUUCUUGUACUGCAUCAUCCUACAACAAUAAGUUCUUGUUACCAAGCAAUGGUACACUGUGGAAGUAUAAGACAAACGGCAUCCAUAAUUUCUAUGUCACGAGAUUGUUUAAGAACAGGAGACAAAGCUUUAGUCCGCUUCAGAUUUAUAAAACAUCCUGAAUAUAUAAAACCAGGACAAAGAAUGGUAUUUCGAGAAGGACGCACUAAAGCAGUAGGCAAUGUAGUCAAAUUUAUUCCAUAUUCUAAUACUACAGUUUUUUCAACAUGCAGAGUUAAUAAACCAAAUAAAGCAAAAACAUCUCAAAAUCGACAAAGCUCUUCAUCUACGAUGCAAUCAUUAAAUACAACCGAAACAAAUUCUCCAUUUGAAGGACAGACAUCAAAGCAAGAAAAUUUGCUUCAAAAAUCUAAUAAACGUCAAAAUAAAAAAGGUAGAGGAUGA